AUGAAACUUUAGGACAUGGAGACAAAAAGAGAAAAGAGACUAGAGGCAAAGAAAAGAAAAGCAGCUGCUUUUUUACAACUUGUCAAAAAAGAGGAAGAAUAUGUUGCACCUGAAAAGAAAAACAAAUCUGAAGAUUCCCAGUCAAAUAAUGAAAAUCCAGCAGCUUCAGGGAGCAGUGGGAAUAAAAAUCCCCAAAAUUUCCAGCAGAUGGCAGAGGAUGAACUUCUUAAACUUAGGCAAGCAUUACGGGAGAGACAGAAAUUAUCAAUGGAAAAGCCAAAGGUGUUCUUGACUCUGGAAGAAAUGGCAAGGGAGAAUGUUCCAAGCUUUAAAACAGACUUAAAGGAAGAAGAUAUUCCUCCUUUGUUUAUUAGUGAUAUACAGAGUCUUAUUUUAUUUGCUGUACAAAAAUCUGCUUGUAGAAUGAAACCAAGAUGGUGUAAAUUACUUCGAGGUGGAAAAGUGGCCAGUAUUGUUGUGAUGGUGAUGAGUGGUGUCAGUAAUACAGAGCUAGAGAAAUAUCCAGAAUCAUUUUCCACACUCAAAAAUGAAUUUCAAAUACAUAUAGAUAUAGUAAACCCAUCUCAGUAUGCCAGAACAGUGCCAUCAGAACUAUUCUGUAUUCUACCUCCGAGACAUGAAAGGAUUGUGGCUUCCAAAUCUGUUGCAAAGAAAAAAGUUGAAAAAGAAAAACAAGAAGAAUCCUCCAAAAAAUCAGACCCUCCUGAGGAGACUGACCAUCCUCCAGCCCUACAUAAAGAUGAUGCCUUUCCUAGGACAUCUCUCCUUCUAAAUACAGCUCAGUUAAUGCAGGAGAAGUACCCCCUACCUGUACAGUACUGCAAUGUAAAUCCAGUCAACUUUAAGUUCACCAAAGAAGACUAUUUGCCAGUUGAUGACCAGAGCCCUAUGUUUGCCUUGGAUUGUGAAAUGUGUUUGACGGUAGCCAGACAGUUGGAGUUGACACGUGUAUCUAUUGUAGAUGAGAAGUUAGAAGUUUUGUAUGAUACACUGGUUAAACCUUACAACAGAAUCAUCAACUAUCUCACUGAGUUUAGUGGUAUCACAAAGGCUCUACUGGAUCCAGUCACCACACGGCUGUCAGACGUACAAAAGAAAAUCCAGGAAAUUCUGCCGGCCAACGCCAUUCUUUGUGGACAGUCACUGGGCGGAGACUUAAAAGCUAUCAAGAUGUACCACCCUUAUGUGAUAGAUACAAGCUGUAUAUAUAACCUGUCUGGGCGGCCUGGAAUUAAAACUGGUCUGAAGAGGCUCACAGAAAUGUUUAUCAAGGAGGCAAUUCAGGAAGGAAAAAAAGGUCACGACUCAGUGGAGGACUCAAUAGCCACCAUGAAACUGGUUAAACACAAACUCAAACAUAAUGUCAACUAUGGAGAUGUAAGAAUGGGGUGGACAGUUGCAGACAACAAUCCUGAAGAACAAACUGAUGGAACAGGGUCAGAGUUCAAACUCUUAAACAUGGAAGAACCUGAAGAAAACGAUGAACCUGACACCCCUCAAAAACACAUUGUAUCUAGACAGAAAGCUUUCUUUAGAAUGGAGCGAUAUUUUUACAGCAUGUUUGAAGUCCUGCAGAAAUAUGGUCUUACAGCUGCCAUGGUAACAGACCAGGAAACAGUUCAGAAGUUUGGAAUGGACAAUGGAGUGGUUGCUAUAGGAUCAGAUUCAGAUAAAAAGACCAAAUCACUUGUGAAAUCUCAUGUACAGUUUCAUGACUUUGUGUACAAUAGUUAUGACAACUAUCUUUCUCACAUAGGAGUGGAAGAAACAGAAGAAGCAAAAUUGAACUGCUUACAGAAAAUGGACAAAAGAAUAGGAAAGAUUCUUAAGAAUGUGAAACAGAACUCUUUGGUGAUUGUGAUAGUUCCAGGACGAUCUGAAGCAGGAAAACAACAUACUGGCACAGCAUUUGUUAAAAUAAAAGACUAA